AUGGCUGCACACAAAAAGAGUCAUAUCCGCAUUUUCUUUGUUUCAGUAAUGAUUAUAUUAUCAUUGUUCAGCGGAUUUGGAGAAGGACAAACAUAUAUAAACUAUAAUGGUAUGAAAGGAGACAUAAUUCCAGGUUGCAGCAGUAAGAAUCCCAAAGAAUGUGUCAAAAUUCCAGCAUACUCUUACAAUCGUGGUUGUGAAAUCUCUACACGUUGUCAACGUCAACAGCAUUCGAGUUCGAGUUAA